CCUACGCUUGUCUGUAUGGGCUCCAGCCGCCCUAACCACCAUCCCACCUGGCCAGCCCCACUUCUGGCCUUUGCUGUCCCAGCAGACGUUGGGUUCGACCUGUCUGGGUUGGGGGAAGGACGGCAGCUCUCACUUGCCUGCCUGUCUCGGUGCCCUACGCCAGCCCUGCUCUUAACUAAUGGCUCUCCUCUCCUCCUCCGACAGGCCACCCAGCAGUUCCUCGAGGAGGUCAACAAGUGGACGGUGCAGCACAACGUCUCCCCCCUCUCGUGGAACGUGGCCGUCAAGUUCCUCAUGGCCAGGAAGUUCGACGUGCUCCGCGCCAUGGAGCUGUUCCACUCCUACCGGGAAACACGGAGGAAGGAGGGCAUCGUGAAGCUGAAACCUCAUGAGGAACCGCUUCGCUCCGAGAUCCUCAGUGGAAAAUUCACCAUCUUAAAUGUGCGGGAUCCAACCGGAGCCUCCAUCGCCCUCUUCACCGCCAGGCUGCACCAUCCUCACAAGUCAGUCCAGCACGUGGUACUGCAGGCUCUGUUUUACCUGCUCGACAGGGCUGUGGACAGCUUUGAGACUCAGAGGAAUGGGCUGGUGUUCAUCUAUGACAUGUGUGGUUCUAACUAUGCCAACUUCGAGCUGGAUCUCGGCAAGAAAGUCCUCAACCUGCUGAAGGGAGCAUUUCCAGCUCGUCUGAAGAAGGUGCUGAUCGUGGGAGCACCCAUAUGGUUCCGAGUGCCCUAUUCUAUCAUCAGCCUCCUCCUGAAGGACAAAGUCCGAGAGCGGAUUCAGAUAUUAAAGACCUCCGAGGUCACUCAGCACCUGCCCAGGGAGUGCCUUCCAGAAAACCUGGGUGGGUACGUCAAAAUCGACCUCGCCACUUGGAAUUUCCAGUUCCUGCCCCAGGUGAAUGGCCACCCAGACCCCUUCGAUGAGAUCAUCCUGUUCUCCCUCCCUCCUGCCUUAGACUGGGACUCGGUACAUGUUCCAGGUCCCCACGCCAUGACCAUCCAAGAGUUGGUGGACUAUGUAAACACCAGGCAGAAGCGGGGGAUAUACGAGGAGUACGAAGACAUCCGCCGGGAGAACCCUGUGGGCACUUUCCACUGUUCCAUGUCCCCAGGAAACCUGGAAAAGAACCGCUAUGGAGACGUACCCUGCCUGGACCAAACCAGAGUCAAGCUGACCAAGCGGAGCGGCCACCCUCAGACGGAUUACAUCAAUGCCAGUUUCAUGGAUGGCUACAAGCAGAAGAAUGCUUACAUUGGUACACAAGGCCCUUUGGAGAAUACCUACCGGGAUUUCUGGCUCAUGGUGUGGGAGCAGAAAGUCCUGGUGAUCGUCAUGACCACCCGCUUCGAGGAAGGCGGUCGGAGAAAGUGCGGUCAGUACUGGCCUUUAGAGAAAGACUCUCGGAUCCGAUUCGGCUUCCUCACAGUGACCAAUCUCGGCGUGGAGAGCAUGAACCAUUAUAAGAAAACGACACUAGAAAUUCACAACACAGAGGAGCGACAGAAACGCCAGGUGACCCACUUCCAGUUCCUCAGCUGGCCAGAUUAUGGCGUCCCCUCCUCAGCAGCUUCCCUCAUCGACUUCCUGAGGGUGGUCAGGAGCCAGCAGAGCCUGGCAGUCAGCAGCUCGGGGGCACGGGCCAAGGGGCAGGGCCCCGAGCCGCCCAUUGUGGUCCACUGCAGCGCGGGCAUCGGCAGGACAGGAACCUUCUGCUCCCUGGACAUCUGCCUGGCCCAGCUGGAGGAGCGUGGCACCCUGAACGUGUUCCAGACGGUGUCACGCAUGCGGACCCAGAGGGCCUUCAGCAUCCAGACCCCCGAGCAGUACUACUUUUGCUACAAGGCCAUCCUGGAGUUUGCAGAGAGGGAGGGCAUGGUGCCCUCUGGCCAAAGCCUGCUGGCCAUGGAGGGUCAGUAACUGUCCCACCAGCCUCCUGCCUGCCGGCCAGCCCUCCCAAACCACCCCGGACACUGCUGAGC